UCGGCGCCUGUGCUGGGUUCUGCAGGGCAUGCUGCAACUUCCUCGUUCCCCCGCGGGUGUAGGCACGUCCUCCGUGGAGGUUCAGGCCUGAACCCCUGUCUGGAGCUGGACACCUCUGGGUUCCUGGCUCCGGCCGUGCCUGCGCGCUCGCCCAGAGGUGAAGAAGGGAGCAGGGAUAAGGGCACCUGGAAACUGAAUGGUCGCUGGAAGUGACGUCUUUGAUCAUUCCCGAGGCAGCCGGCUCAACUUUGAUCUGCCAGAAUUGCUUCCUGGGCUAUGGGAGAUGUCAGCGAGUUAAAAAUGCAAAUAACACCGGAAACUCCAGGAAGGAUCCCUGUUUUAAAUCCCUUUGAAAGUCCUAGUGAUUAUUCUGACCUCCAUAAACAAACCCUUGCAAGUCCUUCCGUCUUUAAAGCCACAAAACUACCAACUCCAGGGAAAUUUAGGUGGUCUAUUGAUCAGCUGGCUAUAAUGAAUCCUGUAGAAAUAGACCCAGAGGAGAUUCAUCGUCAGGCCUCCUAUUUAAGUCAUUCUCGAACAGAUAAAGAUGUGGAAGACAAAAGACAAAAAGCCAUCGAAGAGUUUUUCACUAAAGAUGUCAUUGUCCCCUCUCCCUGGACUGAGCAUGACGGGAAACAGCCUUUAGAGCUUCACCCCAGCAAAUGCCUUAAUAGCAACGGUGACUUUCCUGUUGGGCAGAAGCUGACGCUUCCCUCUGAGAAGUGCAAUGCUGCCUGCCAGACUCUGCUGUCUCUUCCUGUGGAUUUCAAUCUGGAAGCCAUAUUGGGAGACUAUUUUAGAGCUGAUGACGCUGCGGACCAAUCUUCUGGGAACCUCAGUUCCUCGUCUCUCAGAAGAAAGCUCUUUUUGGAUGUGAAUGGGAGUAUCUCUGACUCCUUACCUUCAGCUUCUCCCAGAAGUCCUCCUAGCAGUGCUCGAGAAUCUCUUGAGGGACAGUUUUCUUCUAGCCCCAUUGAGAACAGUACAAGAAAAUACAGUUUGGGGAGCAUAGCUAGCCCACCGACUAUUUCUUUACCCACUUUCUCACCAAUUGCACUUGAAGCAGGAAAGACGCCACUCUCAGAACAGAGGAAGUAUAUAUUUCAUUCUCCUGAAGCUUCAUCUGGAGCAAGAUCUACCGGGAUCAUUAAUCCAAGCAUCAGGAGUCCGUAUAUAGAUGGCUGCUCACCAAUUAAAAGCUGCUCUCCUCGGAGACUGAGAGGUGGUACUCAGUACUUGUCCUCACUGAUUCGGGUCCCUUUUACUCUUGAGGACCACAGUGACAGUGAAGAAGACCAGGCUCCCUCCACAGAUGUCUCUCCACCAAGCCCAAGUGCGCCGUUGAACUGUGAGCCUUUGGCGUGUGGCGAGCCUUCGGCAGUCACUGCCAUGUCUCUUACACAGAGCCAGUCUAGUUCUGAGAAAGAUCUAGCGCCGCUGGAGGAUGUUGAAAGUGAGAGAGAAAAUGAUACUGUAGAUAUGUUCGAACCAAUAGACACAGGAGAUGAGAGCACUUGGAUAAAGGAGCCAGUGAAUGAUGGGAAUUCAGCCAUGACUGGUUUUGUGAGUGGAAUUGCCUUCAAUAUUGAAAGCUCUCAUAUGUGCAUGUCGCCUCUCGCUGAAAGCAGUGUUCUUCCAUGUGAAAACAGCAAUAUCCAGCAAACAUAUCCUAUAAUUGGAGUCAUCAACUCGUCACCUAAUUUCUGCAUGGGUCUUGUAUAUCCUUUUCAUGGUUGUCAUACAUUUCCUCUUUAUAUUGAGCUAAAAUGUAGGCCUGUUGUAUCCUUUAUGCUGCUUCAUGCAUUCUUUUUGCAGAGAUUUUUAGUUUACGUUUCCAUACAUUGUUUUUCUACCACUGUUGUCUCUCAAGCAUUCAGACCCAACUGUGUUUUCUCCAAGCCUUUUGACGUAGUCAUUGCCUUCUAUCCAUGGUAGACAGCUGUCAUUGCAGUUAGCACUGUGUUCUCUUUCUGUGAAUUCCCUUUCCCCACCUGUUUUCUCUGUUCUUUUUUGGGGUUACUUCUCAUUUUUCAUGGUGGUUUACUAAGGAAGAGUGUGUUUUUUAAAGAAUUACGUGCCUGAUGGUGUGAAGAUGGCUUGAAGUAGAUAUAAUGACCCUGUAGGACUGAAGGCAUCACUUCAGUGGUUAGUUUUCAGUUGUUGCUGGUAAGAAAGCUGAAACUUUUAAUGGUGAAUCUUCUGCAAACAUGGCUUCUCCCCCUUCUUGCUUAGUGGGAUCUUUUCCUGGUACACAUUUCAGAUGGCUGAACUGUCAUGUGGGUGCUGGUUCUUUGGAAGAGCAGACAGUGUUCCUAAAUGCUGAGCCAUCUCUGGGAUUCAUUUGACACUAAUGAAGAGAGAAUUACUGUUUGUAUUUUUAACAUUUCAUUUUUUCACUUUAAAAUGCUGCUGCUCUCUGUACUAGCAGGGAGUGGCAAGAUGGUUUGUGUCGUGUGGCCGGCACCUCACAGGCUCUGAUCUUGGUGUAGAGGAAAACAGUGAGGGCUGUCACUAUAUAGGACAGGCUCCCUGUGCACCUUACUCUCUGCACUACCGGGCCACUUCUGCCUUGAUACAGUUAUGUAUUGGAACUGAGUCAUAAGCCAGUUACUUGGCAGUGAUAUCAGAAAGAACACUCUUUGUAAGCAAUCUGAUAUUUACAGUCUUGAUAAAGUAUCUCUCGAAUGGUAGCAGAAUGAGGGAUUUUCCCUUGGGAUGUGCUGUUCAAUUUUAUUGUACCUGUGCAAAUGUAAAAGUGAGAAGAACUUUAACUUGAGCCUCUGAUCUCAAUGUAUAACACUGAGUUAAUCUUUCUGAACCUUCACUUCCUCACCUUAUAAAGUAGAUAUUGAAAGGACAAAAUAAAAAUGGCAUUGCGCUGCUACAAGUGACCAAGCAUUUUUAUUCAGUAAAUGCUUUUUAUAGUACCUGUCGUCCAAAAUUGUUUAAAUUUAAAAUAUAAAGUUUGCUUCAAAAUUCAUGCUAUUUUGAGCACCAUAUCUUAAACUGACCCUCAGUGGGAUGUCAAACACCCUUGACUAAUGUCCCCACACUGCCUGUACUUCUACCCAUCAUUCACACAGCAGUUGUCAAGCUGACCACUAGGCUAACAUGUCACUUGUAUUUAAAGAGCUUUUUCAAAACUUAAUAUUGACUAAAAGCACUAACGUAAUUCUAGCGAUUUGCAUGUCAAAGAGGAGUCAGAAAACUCUUGAAAGUGCAAAGUACAAUAAAUAUUUUAAGUAUUUUAAGAUCAUAUUCCAUAACUUUUUAUAAACAUAUUUGUAAAUCAAGCAUAGUGGCACAUGCCUGUAAUCCCAGCACUCUUGAGUCUGAGGCAAAAUUGUGAAUUUGAAGCCAAACUAGGUUAGAUAGUGUUACAAAGCCAGAAAUGUGCUAUAGUUGUUCUAUUUUUAUUGAACUUUUACUGUGUCUAAUUUGCAAGUAAAAAUCUUAUCACAGGUAUGUGUAAGUAGGACAAACAGAGGAUGCAGGGUUUGGUGUUACCUGAAGUGUCUUUGAAGGUAUCCUCCAUGAUAAGAGAAUACCUACCAACUUAAAAAUGUAUAAACCCUUUUCACUUUUGGGGCAAGCCAGUAUGUUUUAAAAUGUAACCAUUUUCUUGUAUGUGUGCCAUUAUGAACAACUGGGUAUGAGCCUUAUGCAGGCUAUCUUUAUUUUUUAAUACUCCAAUGGUAUUUAGAAACUGUACAAGCAAGCCAUUUACAGAUAAGCUAGGAAAGCAAGCUGGAAAGGAAAACUGAUUGUAGUCUUUAUUUUCACUUUGGAAAGAGCAGAAAGGCACCUGGUGACUUGUCUACUGAUGCUAAAGAAUUCUAGUUCCUUUCCGUGAAACGUAUCCUGUGAAGUGCUGCGGUGAAAGGCAGUUUCGUGUAGAGCCUUUAGAUCACUUAUUAAAUUCAUUCACUGUGAUCACUGUUACAUUGCUCAGAUGUAGUGAAUCAUAUGCUCACUUAGCCUUUGCAUUUCUUACAAUAGUUCAUGUAAAUUAGAACAGUGAAUGAGUUUGCAGUUUUAUGAGUCAGUGUUUUGUUUUUUCAUUCCUCCAAGAUGGACAGUGGUUACACCACGCAGACUUGUGGAAGCAAUGUCACUGAUAUUGCUGGGACAGAAAGCUGCUGCAAAGAAAAUGUCACACAGUCCUUUGAAGUAGAAAUAAAAUCUCAAGGUUGUAAUAUAAAGGUAUGGAGAAAACAGCUUGAUAAUAUAGGCUGUAAUAUUUAAUAAAUGGCUUUUUUCAACCUA